UCUUUUCAUUAUUACCACUAAUUUGCAUGGAGUUGAGAUUGAAUUAUCACGUGGACUCACGUAAAUAUAGAAUUCGUGGAAACAGAAAAAUUUUGUCCUGCCAAUAUCCACUCCCCGUUGGUUGAAUUUUUAAUAUUUUAAUAUUUUCUAUGAUUUUAUUUUCCUUAAAUUUUAAAUAUGUUAUAUUUUUUUAAAUGAAAGGCACACAGCGUCCUUGCCCCAAUCACAGCUGACUAAGAAAUUUACUGUUCUUUUAACAAAAAAAUCUCCAAAACCCCAAACCUCUAAAGUUCUGAUUUUUCUUUGAUUUAUGCUUUAGUAUAAGGCUUAUUUUGAGCAAAAAGUACUGAAUCCCAACUGGGUUUUUGAUAAAUUUUGAAGCUUUUAGGUUUUGUUUGAGGCUUUUGUUCAUUUUGGAAGAUCAAAAUUGUUUGUAUUGAGAAAUGGGAAGUAGAAAAGAAGAAGAAAGAAACGAGAAGAUAAUAAGAGGUCUCAUGAAGCUGCCUCCUAAUCGUCGUUGUAUUAACUGUAACAGCUUGGGUCCUCAGUAUGUUUGCACAAAUUUUUGGACUUUCAUUUGCAUGACUUGCAGUGGGGUACAUCGUGAGUUUACUCAUCGUGUAAAGUCUGUAUCAAUGUCAAAGUUCACUUCACAGGAAGUUGAAGCUCUUCAGAAUGGUGGUAAUCAGCGUGCAAGAGAUAUAUAUCUUAAGGAUUGGGACCUGCAGAGGCAAAGAUUGCCUGACAGCAGCAACGCUGAUAAAAUCCGAGAGUUUAUAAAGAGUGUAUAUGUGGAAAGAAAAUAUGCCGGAGGAAAAACAUCUGACAAGCCUCCAAGAGACAUGCAGAGCCCUAGAAAUAAUGAAGAUGAGAUAAGACGUGCCAGUUCUUAUCAUUCAUAUUCUCAAAGUCCACCUUAUGACUAUCAAUAUGAAGAUCGGCGUUAUGGAAAACAAGUUGCUGCUGCGCUUUCUAGGAAGCCUGGUUCAGAUCGAGGCCACCAUGCGGGGAAAGGUUCUAGUUUUGUCUACAGUCCUGGUCACUUAAGUGAUCAAAUGUUUGAGGACAGGUUUGCAAAUGAAGGUUCUGCUCCUAGGGUUUCAGACUACUCUGUAUCUAGCGGAGGUGAUCCAUUCAAAUCUGGUACAGGGUCACCAAAUUUUCAGAAGGACAUUGGAUUUGGCAGCCCACCUGCUCAACCUUCAAGAGAUAUUUUAAAUGGAGAUACACAACAGCAAACAAUUAAUUUUUUUGUGGAUCCAAGUUCUAAAAAAGAUGCCGGAGGGAUCCCACUCCCACAGAGAACUAAAUCCAUGGGAAGUUUCGGGUCAUCUGAUAGAAAUUCCAUGCCUGUCAAGUCAUAUAAUUCAGGCAUUGGACUGGGUGUUUUAUCUGAACCUGAACAAACUGCUGGGUUCUAUCAUGAUAAAGCAUCUACUAUCACCCAAUCACCUGUUCCUAUGAAUCAUAACGGCCUGGAUCUCUUUAACACACCUGAGGCUUCGGCUGCUCCACCUAUAGAUUUGUUUCAGCUACCUGCAACAUCAUCAGUUUCCUCCAAAGAUAUAUUUGAACCUGCAGCUUUGAUGCCGCCUGCGAAUUUAUAUCAACCUUCCCCAUAUACUCCAUCUAUAGACUUAUUUGCUGGGAUUGCUGAGCAGCCCCCAACUACAAUUGAUGGAAAAUCACCGGAGUUACCUGUACCUAAAAAUGAAGGAUGGGCAACAUUUGAUACUUCUCAGCAUGUGGCAUCUAAUCCGGUAGCCAAAAUUCGUUCGCCUGCUGUGAUGCCCAGUGAUGGAGAUUUGUCAGUGAAGUUUGAUCAAUUGUCAUCCUUAAACACAACCAUGCAGUGGCCACUUUUGGAAAAUUCUAGCGCUUUUGGAGCUACUUCAGUAAUGGCUAGUCAAUGGCAAGAGGGCUUGCAUGAUAGUCAAGCCUCCACUGCUGCAACCAGCAUUCAGUCAUGGAAUGCUUUUAAUGAUUCUGCUGAAUCACUUCCUCUGGAACCACGAGUACUGUACAAUCAUUCGGUGACCACUGAUCAACAUUGGGGCUUAGCAGCUUCAGAGAACCUUGAUAAUGAUGGCAUCCAAACAGCUGCCUCCCUUGCUGGUUUCCCUGCUGCUACUUUACCAUCAGAGAAUGGCAUAACACCAUCAUAUGCUCCAUCGGUGAAUCCGCUUUUGGGAGAGAGACAGUCGCAUGCUGCUGAUCAUAAAUCAACCAACCCAUUUGAUCUUCCUUAUGAUUCUGAAUUGGAACAAAGUGACAUGUUCUUGGAUAUGAGUUCAUUACAAACAACACUUCCUAAUGCUCAGUUGCCUUCCACCUUUCUUGGUGGUGUAUCACAACCAUGGUUUCCUCAGAAACCUGAGGCACCUUAUAUUCCAGCAACACCACAAGGUGGCUUAGCAUACAUGUCUGGCCAAACACCAAGUUCUCAAUUAUCGAAUGUCACAGUCCAAGGGCCUGUUGCUUCCAUUGGAGGAAAUCCUUUUGCAUAGAAUUCUACCGGCAAAGGUGGCAUUUUGGUACUUUUUCAAUCUGUUGUAGUUUCCU